AUGAAAUCGGUUGCACUUCUCGCGAUCGCGGUACUCAACGUUGCGUUGGGUGAAAUCCGGGUUAUUGAAGAAUCGCUUGAUCCACGAGCCAUAUGGAUUCUUGAACUCCUUCAGGACAUUCACCAAUCAACGGAAGGAAUAUUGGAUGUUGUUCUAAGUGAACCGUUCGACGCAACGAUCGCGAAGAUUUUCGGCCAGCUCCGGAUCGCACUCGAUCAGCUACCGAUGGCGAAACAUGAAUCUAGGAUUGGUAAAGGUGCACAUUUCAAAAUUCUCUUCGUUUUCGAUGGGACGAACGCAAAUCAACUGGCGAAAAAGUUCCGUCCGAGUCAAACAAUCAAAUCGGACGAGUACUUUGUGAUCGUUGUUAAUUCGGAGAUCACCAAAACGCAUCUGCUGACGAUUCAAAAAACACGCUUCACCAUGCUUCUGUUUGUGGACAUUUCACGCGAUCCUCCUCAAGUUCAGCGAGUAUCACCAGUAGACCACAAGUCGACGAUCUUCCCGGAGAACGCAACCUUUGCGACGAUCUUCGAUGAUCGCGAUGAUUGGAGAUCGCGAGAGGUUCACAUCAUGUUCAACCCACUGGAUCCUCCGUACACCAUGGAGAUGGGAGGAUCGCUGACCGGGCUGGACAUCGAGGUGUGUCGGGCGGUGUUCAAUCAUGCCGGAAUUCGCUACCGAUUCGUGGAACGUCCUCCGAUCACUUCUUCGAACUAUGCCGAGUACAGAUCUUCGGUGUUGAAGUACCUGGAGACCGAGCACAUCGAGUUGAUGGUGUCCAGUUUGGUGUUCCAAAGUCCGUUCGACGUCGAGUUGCGUGUCUUCGACAAGAAGGGGUUCUGUCUGAUACUGCCGAAGAACCUGCAACGGAACGUGAUCUACCACCUGGUGCAUCCUUUUGAGUACAGCGUUUGGAUAUUGAUCGUGAUGAUUCUUUUCUUGGAUCUCCUACUGAUCCGCUUCUUUCCUCUAGCGUUCCCUCACAACUUGGUCAUGAUCCUGCUGUUCGGAGAUUCCUGUGCCGAUCAUCAGCAGACCCGCCCCACCCGGUACUACUGCUUCGCCUGUACCGUUCUGCUAUUCCUGCUAUCCGAGGCGUACCUGGCAAAGGCCAUCAUCUACAUGACCGUAACGCGGUACACUCCGGACAUGAAGACCCUGGUGGAAGUCAUCGCAAGCGAGAUCCAGUUCAAGCUACCGCCAGGGGGCAAACAACCGUUUGAUCGCCAAAAUUACGUGCACGAUCGCCUCUGGCAGCAGUCGUUCGAAGUUGCGGACUUUCGUUACGACAUGGUCGACAAUCGGUACGGGUACAUGGCUUCGUGCCGUUACGGCGAAUAUCUGAUCGAGCGGCACGUCCGGCAGGAGAUUUUGGACUUUGGCCAUCGGGCUGCCAAGCGAAGGUUCUACCUGCUGGACGAGAUGGUCGACUGGGAGUUUCGGUACUACGUUGCGGCGAACCAUUUCACCUUCUACCGCAGGAUGGAACUUGCGGUUAAUUGGUUGUACGAAGCCGGACUAUGGGACAGGUGGAUGACGCAGUUCCGAUAUAAUUGGGGUUACGGUGGGUUCAACCACCAUUUGUGGGACGAGGACGAUAUAUUGGCACUGGAGGAUAUUUUGGCGAUUUGGUACCUGAUGGCGAUCGGGUUAGGGGUUGCCGCUGUCGUGUUUUUGUUGGAGAAGAUUUGUUUCAGGGUGAAGAAGUGUGCCAGCUGCAAGGCUUGCUUUCGAAAGUAA